AUGUCCCCUACGCUGCGCCAUUGUUCUCUAUCAAUCAUUCAUCCGGAAUUGAAAUCUCUUGCAACGCGUUGUGCCGCUUUGGAGCACUUAUCUUUCAAGAUUCCUGAAUGGGAGCGGCAGUCAGCGGAUGAUCGGACCCUGCUGUGCGACAGCGUCCGUUUAUGCAAGCGGCUCGUAACUCUGUCCUGUCUACCUCUCGACUGGGCAUCAUGGAAACACCUCUCCGACCUCCCCAGCCUUCUCAAAGUGUCAGUCUGUGAACCGCGCAGUGCCUCUCGUUGGUCAACGGACUGGGAUAUUACCAAUUUCACGCCUUUCCGCAACAUCACGACUCUUUCUUUCAACGUAAACACGGCUGCAUACGCUAUCACAGCCAUGCAACACUCAGAAUUCCCCUCGCUUAAAGAGUUCGAGAUGGUUGCCGAUGUUUUGCCUUGCUCGGAGGCUGAGAAACUCCUUCGGGCUCUAUCCAAAUGCAAUGCAAAGCAGACCCUUCAGCACAUCAAUAUAGCCUCCCGUAUUGCAAAAGAUCAGGAGCCCUCGGGCGAAUCUUUGGCAGCGGUUACACAACUCUUUUGUUUCUCGCAGCUCCGAACUCUGCGGCUCAAUCUGCAUUAUUGCAUCCACAUCGACAACGACCUUCUUUUGGAAGCUAUAGCGAGUUGGCCGCACAUCCUCUCGCUGGAAUUAAUAGACUCGCGGAUGCCAACUACCAUUACAUUCCGCGGACUAUUCGCAGCGCUCCGUCUAUGCCCCCACUUGCAUACGCUGCGCAUAUUCAUGGACCUUGUGGAUAUUGAUAUUGAUCCUACAACCGAGUCGUUUCAACAUACCACCCUACACACAUUGGAAUUCAGCCGGUCUGAUGUAGCGGAUGCUAAAGCUGUCGCUCGCAUUAUCUUCUCCGUCCUCCCUUGCGUCGACCACGUAAACCAGCGGGAUACCUGGGAUGCCGGUAUGAUCUUCUAUAAUGUAUGGGACAAGGUCAACAGCCAUCUUCGUUACCUUAAAUCAUCUGCGGUUGUUGUCGACGAUAUAAAAGGAGCAGUCGCGAAGUCCUGA